AUGGUCGCCUCGUCAGGUGGCAUAUGGGGGCCCGCAGCCAUACGGAUUGCCCGUAGUGCCGUCUACAAGGCGAGCAAGGUCAUACGGACCAAGGUCAUCAACGCGACCCGUCCCGUUAACGCCGCACUCGAACCCGUCUUCGUACGAAACAACUCCCGACAGCCUGUCCACCCCUCCGCUUUCCUGCGCCAGCAGCAGAGCCGGAGAUGGAAUUCGACCUCCACAUACCAGAACAUCAACGACGCCGUCCGCCGCUUCAUCACCACCGGCCGACUUGAGGGUGCCGCGAAGCUUGAUCGCUCCAAGUUCCUCAACACGCAGACGGGCCGUGCCGUUGCUCAAUUCAGCGGCCGGGCACCAUUCGCCAGUGCCCUGAGACCAAACCUCACCGGCGGUGCUCUGCCUCGCACUGCCGGAGGCUACGGUCUCGGAUCCGGCCGUGUUGGCGGAGCCAGAUACUUUUCCCACGCCCCGGCGGCUCAGGCACAGGUGGUUCAAAACGUCUCAUCCGCUGUGCGCGCAUUCUGGAUCUCUGGCCAGAAGGCACAGUUCGACGGUUUGACCCCACAAGGCGAGAAGCGUUACCGUGCCGUCUCGGCUCUGCAAGAUGAGACGGCUCGCAAGAUGGCAGCGAUUCCCCGUGCCCCAGGCUCCUACGUGGAUUUCCGCCUCAACCCGACGGUCACUGCCUUGAGCCCCCUGACAGCCGCAUUCCCCUACCCGUCGGCUGGUGUCAAGGUAGCCGAGUUAGACGCCGCGACUCUCAACACCGACGGCUUCCUUGACGUGCUGUCAGUGGACUUCGCCCGUGCCCUUCGCGACCUGACCACAACUCUAGCAGAUAUCAAGAAGCUCUCUUCAUUAGGCGAUCUUCCAAUACAACUUGAGAAAGGCCAAAUCCUGCGUAUCCGGUUCCCGGGUGUCGACGCCGAAACGGUGGAGACUCUCUGCGAUGAUCUUGGCUUAACAAAGGGCUCAGUGAAGCAAGACCCAGACUUCGAUGCGGAGACCGGAGUAGAUAUGGCGCUACAGUUUCCUUACGCGCCCGAUGCCAACGUCAACGACGCGCAGUCUUUCACCUCACCCGGUGGGUUUCUGCGCUCUGAAGACAGCUUCCCAGAGGAACACGAACUUUUCGAAGGUUUCAGCGAGAAUCCGUGGCUGUCCUCCCCAGAACCAGAGGGCUACGAGAGUAUGUCACCGCCGAUCAGCUCAGGUGAGCACUUAUCAGAGGAGUUCGAGGGCCUGGAAGGUGUAUACCGCUUUUUGGAGGAAUGUGACCGCGCUCGCGGAAGAUUCUGA